AUGGAGACAGAAUACCUCGACAUUGUGAACAAGGAACUCCACGACAUCCAACAGUUCUUUGCCCACUACUACUACCCCUCUCCACCUCUCACCAACCCGCAACACGCUCUUACCGUCCUCCCACUCCUCAAACCCAACACAACCCUUACCUCACCUCCAUCUUCCUCACUACCUUCGCCUUACUACGAUACCGACACCCUCCAUGGAGACGGUGAUGACCUGUUCGACUUCCCGUCCCUCUACCAUACUUCACCUCCACCCCCGUCCUCUUGUGGAGAAGAGAUGGACCGGUAUGUGGCAGACAUCCGGGACCGGUACAAGCAACUCAAGGCGGUUCAGGACCAGAUGCAUCUCGAGUUGACUCGUUCCCGCAUCCUGAGACAGUCCAUUGAAGUUGUUGGUGUCACCAAGGUCGAUGACGACGUGAGGUUGUCUCUUUCGCCAUUGCAGGAGAAGAAGAAGGGCGAGCAUUCGAAUGUGAGGCGCGAGAAGGUUGAGCCAUUGCCAUUCAGUGAUUCGCCUGGAGGGAAGGAGUCCAUGACCUCAUUGCCAUUCAGCGAGUCGCCUGCCAGUACUACUACUACUACUAAGCCAACACCACAAGAAACUACCGGCACCACUAUUAUCACUACCACCACCGGAACCGGCACUACAAUCACUACUACCGCCACCUCAACAACAACAGCAGAAACUGCAGGUCCAUUCUCUAUCCGCCCGCAAGAACCACCACAGACGAACCCGUUCACGCUUGCAAAUGUCCGACGCCUGAUAGACAUGAUCUACCGGGACGCUAAAACAUUGUUAUCCUCAUCCCCAAUCAUGACCUACACCUUCUUGGGCAUGGUGUUUGGAGUGCUCCUUGUCAGUUGGCUGGACUGUGCUAACUACGACAUCGACAGCAUCAACAACAACAACAACAACAACCAUCGCGUCGUUGAUCUGCAGGCUCCAAUGACGGACCAGGCGACCCACAGCACAUUUGUUCCUCCUGUCCCAGAGGAGUUUGUUCCUCCUGCCCCUCGUUAUCCUUGGCCACGCCAUUAG